AUGUUCGCAAAGAUUACGGUAAGUGUAAGGCUUUACAGUACUGUGCAAAUUGAAAACAUGUACUUAUUGUGCAUAGUAUACUAAUACCACGUACUGUUAAUAGUAGAAUGCGUACCUGUUGCUUAUGAAACUUUCUUUCAGAUUACAUUACUACUGUUACUGCCCCAUCAAACAACCGGCUGUCUCGGCGGCUUCGGUGGAGGAGGACAACAAUGCUGUCCUCCUCAUGCAGCUCCCACGUGUGCAUCUUCUUGUGGUAGUGCGAUGUGAGUUUAAAAUUACAUUCUUUUUCUAAAAAUCAUAGUAACGACAGUUUUUAGAACCAAAUAAAAUAAAUUUUCAUAUACAAUAUGAAUGCUAUACUCAAAAUUAUGUUACAGAAGUGCCCCACAAUACGCCGCUCCUCAGCCCCAAUCGUAUAAUCCACCCCCAAUAGUUUAUCCCGCUCCCCAACCUCUACCUGCACCUCAACCAUUACCACCAGCCGUUGGAUCGUCGUACGGCGGUGCUUACCAUUCCCCACCUUACCAAAAUUCGUAUCAACAAAGUCCCCCACAAAGCAACAACUAUAUUCAACCAAGUGCCAAUGCUCAAGGAUACCCAUCUCAAGGACAACAAAUAAUUCCACAAAAACAAAACUACAUUGGACAACCACAAGGUAACUACAACACCCAGUCAAGUAAUAACUACAUAGGUCAACCUCACAAUAACUACGUGGGAGGACAACAACUUCCACAAGGUCCACCAGCUCAGCGUGAACAUUACGUGCAUCCAGGUGCUGCUCCACCUGCACAUAUACCACCAACUGGUAACACAGGAAGACCUUCAUCGUAUAACAAUCGCAACAACGUCCAUGUCAAAGAAAGUAGUGAGAAUGCUGCCAUUCAUGAACCUUUUAGUGGCAUUGAUGAAGAAGACGGCUACAACAAGAACCAGAAACAAGUAGAAGGCUCCAAGAAAGAGAAGGAAACUAAUUCUGGACCAGUCGACGAAGAAGACAAACAUACGGAUAGUGGAAACAAGAAUACGGUAGAGUCAGCCACAGAAGAACACACCAAAGAAGAUGCCCACGCUCAGAGCUACGGUGAAGAAGAACACUCGACUGGCUACAAGUUCACGUGA